CGUGCAGGAAGAGCAGCAGGUACCGGUAGCCGUUUUUAUAUCAAACUUUAGGGCUUUUUGUUUGUUUGUUUUUGAGUCUUCCAGAAGGCAAGAAUAAUUUCUCUGGUUCACAGUUGGGAGUCUGAGAUUCUGUUGCGACUCCUAGAGAGGUUCCCUUCCCUUUUCUGCAUCUUUUCCUUGACGCACACUUUGCUCUCCAUGCCGGUUAGACUCGCCCUCCGUUUGCCUAGAUGUGUCGCCGUUUGAUUUGGUUUUAGUUCUGUUCUUUGGGAGCAUUCCAGCAUUCGGCGAUCUUUCCAGCUCUCUAGCGGAUCCCCUCCCGGCUCCAGCUUCGUCCUCUGAGGGAGCUCAGCCCUUCGCUCGCAGCAGGCAGGCAUGGAGCACGACAGCUCCCGGGAAUCCCCAUCGCGGGACGGUUCUUCCUUGCCCGGAGAGUGGCUUUCUUCCUCCCUCGGACAGGCCUUCUCCCAGAUUGUGCACCGUCUUAACGACCAGGAGUCCCGACGCGGCAGGGCCAGAAAUCGAGCUCUUCAACACCUCGAUGUUCUCCUGGAAUCCAGACCGUGUCAUCGGUUAUUUGAGGGGAGUGGCGCAUCGCUCCUUGGAAUGCCCGAGAUGCUGGGCAAGCUGGCAAAAGCGCUGGAGAAGUGUGCAGCCCCACCCAAGGAGCAGGAAGGUAGAGAGGAUGGUUACUCUGAGGGGGCCGAGCAAGCGGCAGAAGUGGGAUCACUGUUCAUUAAGCUAUUAAGAAUAAUUGUGUCUGCCAGGGGUUGCUUGCUUUUCCGUGAAUGGGAGAGUGUCGUCCAGCACUUGGCAGGACCCAUCUAUAUUUUUGCCGUCACGCACAGCUUGCAGCAGCCAUGGACCACGCCAAGGUCUCAGUUCAUUGCUGGAAAGGUGCUCGCCUUACUGCUUCAAAUUACUGGAUGUGAUUCUGUGGCAGGAUUCCUGUACGGAGAAAGUGAAGAUGAGAAAGGGAAAUUUACUGAGAUUAUGGAGCUGCUUAAGCCCGAUUUGAAUAAGGAAUCCUGGAAGAAUAACCCUGCCACCAAACAUGUUUUCUCAUGGACUCUGCAACAGGUCACUCAACCCUGGCUGAACCAACACCUAGAAAAGAUACUUCCGCCAUCAUUGCUCAUCUCAGAUGACUAUCAAACUGAGAACAAAGUCCUGGGUGUUGACUGCCUCCAUCACAUUGUGCUUAAUGUGCCAGCUGCUGAUCUGCUCCAGUAUAAUAGGGCCCAGGUUGUGUACGAUGCCCUUUUCAACCAUCUGUAUACACCAGAGCACCACCUCAUUCAGGCUGUGCUCCUGUGUCUGCUGAAUUUAUUUCCAGUCCUGGAGAAAGCCCUGCGCUGGAAGGGGGAUACAGCUCGGCCCACCACACACUGCGACGAGGUGCUACAGCUGGUCCUGACCCACAUGGAGCCAGAGCACCGCAUCCUCCUGCGCAGAACCUACGCGAGAAACCUACCAGCUUUCGUGAAGAGGUUGGGGAUCCUAACUGUUCGGCACUUGAAGAGGCUGGAGCGAGUCAUCCUUGGUUAUCUGGAGGUUUACGAUGGACCAGAGGAGGAGGCUAGAUUGAAGAUAUUGGAAACCCUGAAACUUCUCAUGCAGUAUACUUGGCCCAGAGUUUCCUGUAGACUUGUGGUCUUAUUGAAGGCUCUCUUGAAACUGAUAUGUGAUGUAGCAAGGGAUCCAAACCUUACACCUGAGCCUGUUAAGAGUGCCCUGUUAGAGGAAGCCACAGACUGCCUGCUUCUCCUGGACCACUGCUCUCAAGGACGAGUAAAGGGUCUCCUGGCUAAAAUUCCCCAAAGCUGCGAAGACAGCAAGGUGGUGAACUGUAUCAGAAAAGUGCAACAGGUCUCUGAAGGCACCCCCUACAGUGGAACUUAAGAUUUGUACUACUUUCUAAAAGAGAAGAUGAUUUUCUUUCUGUAGAAAUGGAAUUAUUUAACGAAAAAGGUAUUUUUAUACUGGACAUUAUAAUUUAGAUCUUCUUUUUUCUUCUUUACUUUUACUCCCAUAGAAGUAGGGAAAAGAACAAGGAAAAAUUGAAGUCUAGACACUUCUGAAUAAAGAUGGGG